AUGUUGCGAAAACACAUUAACCAUAUUCAUUCGGCUCAGUUCCCAAUGUCUUCCGACAAUUGCGCGACGAGGUUCGUCACCGCUGCCAAAAUGACAUUCCACAAUGGUGUUCAUGAAAAACACAGUUGUGAUGUUACCUGUUGCUACCUUUGCGGGGUCGCAGACCCGUGGCAACGAGAACUUACUGGAGGUAUGCGAAUCUCGCAUGAAUUGGUGCACGCCAUGAAACGUUUCGUCGCUUGCAAGACUUGUAUGGCUCCAAUGGGUCAAGACCCAACGGGAGUGGUGUUGAUUGAUCACUUCAUGAGACAACACAUGUUAGACCAGCCAAGACGUGUGCGUCAUUGCAAAGUCUGUCGUCAAAAUGUCAUUGAACCUGGAAUCGCCGAGCAUAUUUUGGAACAGCACAGGUUGGUCGCAUUCCGACCACGCUAUGCGCCUCAGUCAAACAUGGUGUCAGUGAUGAACGGCAGUGAACUUUGCGUCUAUCUGGGACUACCCGCGGAACUUUGCAAACCGAACCCUCUUGCGGACUCUACUGAACUCGGUUGA